AUGGGCAGCGGUACUGUGGACUUUCUCCUUGGAGCUGCAGUCAUUGCCUUGCCUCAGUAUCAGAUACCUGUCUUGCUUGGCACCGCUUCGAUCAGCAUAUUGCGUUCUAUACGACGCAGACGAUGCAAGCACAGAAAAUCCCUUCCAGAUCCUUCCAAUGCCGCUGUGACGGAUGGUGUAUCUACGAGACAACAUGUCGAUUUGCGGUUCACGGAUGUCCGAUGCAGCAUCACUAACAAGACAGGGGUUACAAAAACCAUCCUGCAGAAUAUCGGCGGGGAAGCCAAACCCGGAAGGCUUCUUGCCAUCAUGGGACCCUCAGGAGGCGGAAAAACUUCCCUGCUCAAUGCGCUGGCCGGCCAAGUCCCAUCAACGAAAGGUAUGGAACUGCAGGGCAACAUCACUGUCAAUGGAGCCCCGCAGACAGACAGCAACCACAGGCAGGCUUAUGUACAGCAGGAGGACUUAUUCUAUUCGCAGCUGACGGUCAGGGAAACACUGAACAUGGCGGCAGCGCUCCGUCUCCCCAAGCACAUGCUCGCUGAGGAGAAGGAGGCUGCUGUGGCGGAUCUCAUCCAACGCUUGGGCCUCGUGCAGUCGGCUGACACUCCUGUCGGUGAUGCAAAGAAGCGCGGCCUCUCUGGAGGUGAGAAGAAGCGCUUGAGCAUCGGGUCUGAGCUGCUGGGCAGCCCCAUGCUGCUGUUCCUGGACGAGCCCACGACUGGCCUCGAUUCCUUCCAAGCCGAGAAGGUUAUGCAGACGCUGAAGGACCUAGCAAAUGAGGGUAAGACGGUUGUGUGCUCAAUCCACCAGCCGCGGUCUUCAAUCUUCAGCAUGUUUGACGAUCUGCUGCUGCUUUCUGAGGGACAGAUCGUGUACUCCGGACCUGCAAAAGGAGUCAUCAGCCAUUUUGAAUCCCUGGGAUACCCAAUACCGGCGAAUUACAAUCCUGCAGAAUUCAUUGCUGAUCUCAUUUCUAUUGACUCCUCAGCUGCAACUGCUGAAGAAGCAUCUCGGGAGCGUGUGGAGAAGCUUAAGGCUGCUUUCAAGCAGAAGGCGGCUUCAGCACCCUCAGGUGGUGCAAAAGACAGUGUCGUGUCUGCUCCUGUUGCGUCCGCAAAAUCCUCCGAUGAUGCAUCUCCUUGCAGCUGGCCGCAGCAGGCAAAGUUGCUCUUCAAGCGUUCAUGGCGGCAGAUCAGCCGGGACAAGGCGACGAACGUGGCGCGCGCGAUGAGCAACGUCUCCUCGGCCAUCAUCUUUGGCGGCAUCUUCUGGCGUAUGGGCCGCAGCCAGACCUCCAUCCAGGACAGGAUGGGCCUCAUGCAGGUGGGCGCCAUAAAUGCGGCGAUGUCGUCGCUGAUCAAGACGCUGAACGUGUUCCCCAAGGAGCGUGUCCUGGUGCAGCGCGAGCGCGCCAAGGGCAGCUACGCCACAGCCCCCUACUUUGCCGCCAAGCUGGCCGCCGAGUCCCCCAUCGGCGCCAUAUUCCCCCUGCUCUUCGCUGCCAUCGUCUACCCCUCCGCCGGCCUGCACCCCAAGCUGUCCAGGUUUGCCAGGUUCUGCGGGAUCCUGACCCUGGAGUCCUUCACGGCCACUUCCCUUGGGCUGGCUGUCGGCUCCUUCGCGCCCUCCACCGAUGCAGCGCUGGCGAUAGGGCCAGGCAUCAUGGUUCUGUUCAUAGUGUUUGGAGGCUACUACGUGAACGCUGGGAAUGUGCCUCGCGCUCUGCGCUGGAUCCCUUCAGUGUCGCUCAUCAAGCAUGCAUUUGAGGGCCUCUGUGACAACGAGUUCCCGGGCUUGGACUUUGAGCCUGUCAGCGCUGAUGGUGCUGGUGACAUCCUAAAAGGAGAGCAGGUGCUGAACCGCUUGGGUUUCAAGGACAGCUCUGUGGCCAAGACUGCGCGUGCACAGGCUCGUGUGCUGGCUUUCAAUUACUGGCUGACAUACUGCAUCCUGAAAGCCAAGAAGCCUGCAUUCCAACGCAUGGAUCCUGUCCCAGGCCGCACAAUCUGA